CAACGCCUGGAGUUCUUAUCGCUGUCACAGGUUCUGUUUACGAUGGCGGAUCUCUUCGAUGUUCCUAAGGUCCGCAUCAACACCAGCAUGCUGUCUCAGAAUGUGGGCAAGCCUGUAUGCUUCGUUGGCCGGGUGGAAAAGGUUCACCCAACUGGGACAUCCAUUGUUCUUUCAGACGGUGCAGGCAAAAAUGCAACAGUUGAGCUUAAUGAACCGCUGGAGGAGGAAAUUUCUGGAAUUAUAGAAGUGAUUGGCAAAGUUACACCAAAGGCAACAAUCAUGGGAGUAUCUUAUGUUCCAUUUCGGGAAGAUGUAAGCACUUUUGAUAUGGCCCUCUAUGAUGAAGCAUUAAAAAUAAUCCAUGAAUUUCCUCAGUACUAUCCCAUUGGGCACAGUUCAAGCGAAUGAAGCGGAAUUAAAGACAAAAUCAUUAGUCAAAUACAAGACUGAUUAAAAAGACUUUUCUUUCUCAAGAAGCUCAGGUGCAGGUUUCUAGAUGAUCACAACUUCAACACAUCCUAUGAAAAUGAAACUUGACCUUUGUAAACUUUAGUGUUUUAGUAGCUUAAGUAAUUUUACCCCCUUAAUUGUAACCUUGCAUAAAUGCUGGUUUUGGUGUAGUCAAGAAAUGGUUACUUUGAGGAGCUUCAAAUGUCAGAUCCCUGAAAAAGUCUACUUGAGAUCAGUUACUACCCAUCUCAAUUCUGAUAUCUUUGAUGAUGUUUUCAUAGCCCAACACCAUAAGGUUUUGGUAAUAGUUUCUUACUCCAGUGGGAAUUGUACAUAUUGUAUUUUCUUGGAAAGUUUUUUUUUUUUUUUUUUUUUUUAAUAAAUAUGGCUCCUUGAGCAAAUA